CUCAAAUUGCUUGAAAUCAAUGAUGAGAGAAUAGUGAGAUUAACUGAUUAGUAAAAUAGCAGUGGAGAUGGCACUCUUUUGCUUAGAGAUGUAGUAUAGGUAAUGAAUCUGUAGAUGACUCCUGAGAAUGCUACGGAGUUUGUGGUGCAGGAAAAAGAUCAGCAUCCCCUGAAUCCAGAGAUUGUGAGUCCCAGGUCGGGUCAUAUUGAAAAGUCAGCACUAAGUGAUCAUGUCAAGUAUAAUCAUAUUGAUUAAAGAUGUUUACGCUAUUUUAGCUGAAUAGCGUACCACUUUACUUGAAACACCCAUACCAUUUUAUUAUAUUUUCAUGUUUUCACCUCACAUGUAAAUCUCACAUGUGAAUUGCAGAUUUACAUGUGACAUUGCAGUUUCACAUUUGAAAAACUUUCAUCUGCGAAAAUGUUCAAAUGUUGGUGAAAUUUAGCAUCCAUCCCCAUGUCACAUUUAUUUCACGAGAUCUUGUUUUCACAUGUAGCUUAAUGUUAAUCACAUUAACUUCACAUGAGAUCACGUGAAAUUCAUGUGGUUUUUCCGUAAGGGUGGUAACACUCUUGGCUUUUGGGUCUGUUUGCUGGAGGGGAUUUUUUUCCUAUGCUAUUUUUAUGUUAUUUGUUUCCUAAAGAAUGUGUGUGAUCUGAACACAGCGAAAAUGCUGAGGGUAAACAUCACUGACAUUGGUGUCAAGGCUUUGUAGUAUGGCUGAGAACAGACAUACCUAUCCUGUUUUAUCAUUAAAUCCGUAACGAUGGCAUUUUCUCCAUGUAAAUUAUUCACUUUGUCUUCUAUCACUUUUGCAUUUGUAAUGAGCUGAUUUCAAUGCGUUGGUUCGAGGGCUCGUGCUGUAGCCUAACACACUCCCACAGCUGAGUAGUGUGACAAGAUUAGAGCUGUAAACAUGAACAUUUUCCCGUCAUUUAUUUCUCCCCCAGAUGAGAAUGAAUUUCACGGACGCCAGAGGGUUAGAAGAGAGUUAAACCUGAACUGCAGAUGUUUGGAUGUGAGGAAUAUCGUAGUGUCGUCCCAUUUGAUAACUGGGCCACGGUCCUAUGCAGUAGAAGAAGUGGGGGAUGGGAUGGAGAUAGAGGAGAAGAUCACUGCCAAUCUCGUUCCUCUCCCAGUGAAAUCUCCUAGACAGCUCCAGAAUAACCCCUGCUGGGAGAGAUUUAACACGUCCAAUUCCAACUGUGCUCAGACGCAUUCCCAAACGGGCGUCGACGAUCCUCCACCUCAGAAGAAUAGAAAAGUUGCUCAAAGCAAAAAAUAUUCCUCACCGCAAUCUGAACAAACAAACAUCAAACAACAGAGACUGAAGCAGCGACUGCUGCCACUGACCAGGUCCCAUUGGGGCCCAGCCUCUUCGUGUGUUUUGUGUGUAGAGCAGUCUGCAGAGGAACUAGCAGUGCCAUGGCGGUGUAGGGCGAUGGUGGCACAGAACCCUGAACCAUCUCGGCUCCCUUCCAGAAUCCUGCCAAACCUCCAAAACACAAUUAGAGCAUCUGGCUGUGAGAUACUGGAGCUGUGCCGACGUAUGUCCUCUAGGAUGAACUAUGUGAACCAUGUGAGCCCGACCACAUCUGGAACUGGAACUAGACCGGUGGGUUGGGGGUUGCUUGGGAAGCCCGUCGGGGACAGCGGAGCACAGGUGCGGGUCAGUCAACCAGAACACCACUCCUGGAAAGUGAGAAAGUUCUCUGGGGCAUCAGUUGACAGCCACAGUCUCACCAGCCUUCUGCAUAAUAGUGAUUGUGGUUCUGGUGUAUCCAGGGGCAGCCAGACCCAGACACAUCUUCCAGAUACUGGGCUCUCUGGCUGUGCUAAAGACAGCAAAGGAGACAGCCAACAGCAUGGACGGAAGGUCAGCGGAUCCAGGAGGGACCAGAGAGGUGGAGGUGGGGUUGGAAAAGGGAGACAGAUGCCCAGAGAAGAAUCCUUGCGGUGGGGUGAAGGAUCAACAUGGCCUUGGGACUCUGAGAGUCAGUCAAGGAACCAGCGGCAGAACGAGUCCCCUACAGACUGUGAUGUCACCCUACUGCACAUUGUGCAUCUUUUACAGUGUCGGUCAGUCAAUCUGUCUCAUGUCAGGGAAGAAGGACAAUUUGGAGAUGAUUUUCAACAUAUCCUUCACAACAGACAAACUUGACUCAAGCAACAUAGCAAGAUAUUUAGUAUUCAGAGUAGGUUAGUGAAUGGACAGGAGGAGCGAGCAAUCUUGAUAUAAUUAUUUUUUAUUCCAAGACUGUAAAUUGAAUUUUGUCUACAGUGUAAAAGGUCAUGAUAAAAAGACAAAGGAAUGAAAUAGAAGUUUGGUAAAACAACUGGGUGACCAGAAUAUCAACAACAUCCAUACAAAAUGAUUCACUAUGCUAAAUAAUGACAAUGUAACAGUCUGACUUCAAACCAGGGAAGAACAAGAAGAAAAACCUGUCAUUUAAAAAAAAGAUCAGUAGCUAGGUUACAUGAAAGUCUUGUCUAUGGACCAAAAGUUUAACAAAAAGGUAUGAAUGUGUAGAUUAGAAAAAAUGGUAUGAAUGUGUAGUUUAACAAAACGGUAUGAAUGUGUAGUUUAACAAAAAGGUAUGAAUGUGUAGUUUAACAAAAAGGUAUGAAUGUGUAGUUUAACAAAACGGUAUGAAUAUGUAGUUUAACAAAAAGGUAUGAAUGUGUAGUUUAACAAAACGGUAUGAAUAUGUAGUUUAACAAAAAGGUAUGAAUGUGUAGUUUAACAAAAAGGUAUGAAUGUGUAGUUUAACAAAAAGGUAUGAAUGUGUAGUUUAAUCAAAUGUAUGAGUAUGUAGUUUAAUCAAAUGUAUGAGUAUCUAGUGUAACCAAAUGUAUGAGUAUCUAGUGUAACCAAAUGUAUGAGUAUGUAGUGUAACCAAAUGUAUGAGUAUCUAGUGUAACCAAGUGUAUGAGUCUAGUUUAACCAAAUGUAUGAGUAUGUAGUGUAACCAAAUGUAUGAGUAUGUAGUGUAACCAAAUGUAUGAGUAUCUAGUGUAACCAAGUGUAUGAGUCUAGUUUAACCAAAUGUAUGAGUAUGUAGUGUAACCAAAUGUAUGAGUAUGUAGUGUAACCAAAUGUAUGAGUAUGUAGUGUAACCAAAUGUAUGAGUAUGUAGUGUAACCAAGUGUAUGAGUAUGUAGUUUAAUUAAAUGUAUGAGUUUGUAGUGUAACAAAAAGUUCUGAGUAUGUAGUAGAGGUUGUAAUACAACAUAAAUAGAGGAAAUAUUAAAGUCAAAGUAUAAAAAAAUCAGAACAUAGUCAUGUGCACUUGUAUAACAUGGUAUAGCUAUGUUAAAGUAAUACUAGUCCAUUAACACAUGUACUGUACUUUUUGUGAACAAACACACACAUACAUACAGUGCACAACCAUAAGAAAAUAGACAGCCAUAAUGUCUGACAGAAGGAUAUUGACCUACAGUAUGUAUACAUUUUAUACAGUUCACUUUUUCCAUCAUUUGAAUAUAAUAACACUAACCGUUAGGUCUUGCAAUGCACAUGUUAGCAGAUUUUACAAAUCCUGAAUGUUCUAGACAUAAUUACGUAUAUUUUCCAAGCAGCAGCGGUAUGGGCGGCCAUCUUGCCUGCGUUUCUGAGUCAAGCUUGAUUUUAAAGUGCUGCUGUUAUCAUGUUCCUGUGUUGUUGUGUCCUUCAUGAUAGUUCAGUGCUUUAGUGAUCAUUACAAAAAUAUAGAUUUCAGGGGCAACAUAAUGGGGACAUCAAUAUUAUGCUCUUCUCUUCUCUACUCAUGGGCAAAACAGUCAGAAAAUGAAUGUUAUUGCUCCUCUUAAAACUAUUUUCGCAUUGACUGGGGUUGGUCGAUCGA